ACAACAACAAACGAAGGAAUUUGAUAUUUUUUUACAAAUAAAACAGUUUUUCCUUCAUUGUAUUGUAUUCUCCUGUACAGCAGUAAUUAUUAUGCAAAUAAAGUGAUUUUAUUUAUCAUUUAUUUUUAAAGUUUAAGUGUAAUGUUAUUUAUCAAGUUCUAAAAUUAGGUAUCUGCUAUACAUGGAUUCCGUGCGUCGCAUUUAGGAAAAACUAUAAUGCCAAAAAUACCGUAUAAACCUGAAAAGACCCGCGAGGAUGACGAUGAUUACGAGAUUGUGUCUUUUGAAGACUUCUGUGACAAAUCUCCUGGUUCUAAAACCGAUCUUUUAACAUUAAAUGAUAAUAUUAACUAUCGUCUUUGUUACGAGAGUGAUAAGAAUUCAAAAUUGACUGAAUUAGAAGGUGAGAGCUCCAGAGCUGCAGAUAGUCAAACGGAGACUUCUCUAAAUGGCCCUAAAGGUGUUACAUUUAAGAGGAAGCUUUCAAAUUCCUUUGCACCCUUUGGGCGGUACAACAACAAGGCAGGCAGGGCUCCACUGUUUAGCGGAGUCAUUCCAAAGCCAAGAAAUGAAGGAGAGUCUGGAGCAAGGGAACAUAGAUACCAGCGCUUUUCGGAGCGUCGCAACAUAUUUCAGCGAAUCUGGGAGCACUUGCCCGGGCUAGGGUCAGGCAUGCUGGGUGUGGCCCUAGUCUGUGCGCUGUGUGUGGGCGCCUGGUGGGCUGUGGGUGGUGCUGUGGGAGGCUCCUGGGGAGAAGAGCAUUACAGAAAACUUUGGGAAAGAACGCAUCCAGAUGCGAUCAAGAAACCAUUAUCACCGAUGCCAUAUGAAAAGUUUCCUAUACAGCAAGCUCCGGAGUAUCGUUACCAUGACCAUAAUAACUUGAGUACGAAGAACAAAAGUAAUGCGACGGAGAGAAAGAAGACGGACUUGAAUAAGAAGAAUGUGUAUCCGGAGAGGACUGUGGAAGUUCUUCAGGAUAUGUGCUCGAAGGUCGAUGAGAUGAUGAAGUUUGAUUGUUUCCCUCAAGGAGCGUCGAAUGAAAAAGAUUGUGUUAAACGAGGAUGCUGUUGGAAGUCAACAGAGACUCAAGGAGUGCCGUACUGCUACUAUCCGUCUCACUUCGACUCCUUCCGAUUCCUCAACAUGACUGAAGACAAGCACGGUAUGAAUGUCUACAUGGAGAAAGUCCGGCCUUCAGGGUAUCCAGGAGAUUUUGAAGUAGCGAGGAUGGACUUCAAGUAUCUAUCUGAUGAUGCUCUGCAGAUUAAGAUUUACGACGCAGAACACAAGCGGUUUGAGCCAAUACAGCCAGAAAUAACCAUAGUGUCGAAACCUCUCUCACAGAAGAAGUACAGGGUGCAAGUCGAUGGUUCUCUCAUUGGAUUCAAAGUCAUAAGGAAUUCUGAUAAUGUUACUAUUGUAAACACCCAAGACAUAGGUGGUUUGAUCCUAUCAGACAAAUUCCUGCAGCUAUCAGCAGUGCUACCAACGAGCCAUAUAUUCGGGUUGGGAGAGAAGAGGGCACGGUUCAUGAACAAUGUCAAUUGGAAUACCUUUGCGUUGUUCAAUAGAGACAGGGCGCCUACUGAGGGGGUGAACUUAUACGGCACGCAGCCAUUCUACCUCGCAGUGGAACACGACGGGAAAAGUCACGGCAUGCUUCUACUCAAUUCUAACGCUAUGGACGUGGUUCUCCAGCCGACUCCAGGCAUCACGUAUAGGACAACGGGUGGUAUUCUAAACUUCUUCGUGUUCCUCGGACCCUCGCCUAAAGAUGUCGUAGCUCAGUAUACUGAACUGGUUGGAAGACCAUUCAUGCCUCCUUAUUGGUCGCUUGGAUUCCAUUUGUGCAGGUUUAAUUACAACACAGUGAAUGCUACCAGAAGUGUAUGGAAAGCGAACAGGAAUGCUGGGAUUCCUUUUGACGUGCAAUGGAACGACAUAGACUACAUGCACGACCACAAUGACUUCACGUACGACUCGAAGCGUUUCGCGGGACUGCCGGACUUUGUGAAGGAGGUACAUUCUGAAGGGAUGCACUAUAUGAUUAUUAUUGAUCCAGGAGUGGGUGCGUCAGAGAAACCAGGCACCUAUCCUCCAUACGACCGAGGUGUCGAAAUGGAUAUAUUCAUUAAGAACUCCACCAAUCAGAUACUUAUUGGACAGGUAUGGAACACUGGGCAAACGGUCUACCCGGACUUCACUCACCCGAACUCAAGCAGCUACUGGCUGGAGAUGAUGGCCAACUUCCACAAACAUGUUCCUUACGACGGAGCCUGGAUUGAUAUGAACGAGCCGUCAAACUUCCGCGACGGUACGGCAGUGGGUAGGUGCGCCCCCGAGAAGGUCCCGUACAUGCCGCGGACGUCGGACCCCGCGCUGCGGACCCACACCGUCUGUAUGGACGCCAGGCACUACGCGGGCGAACAUUAUGAUCUGCAUAAUCUGUACUCCUUCACUGAAGCUGUUGCUACUUAUUUCUCGCUGGCAGAGAUCCGCGGCAAGCGUCCGUUCAUAAUAUCGCGGUCGACGUUCGUGGGCAUGGGCAAGUACUCGGGACACUGGAGCGGGGACAUCGCCAGCGAUUGGCACGAUAUGAGGAUGACUGUGCCUGAAUUGUUAAGCUUCAGCCUGUUCGGUAUCCCGAUGAUGGGCGCCGACAUUUGCGGGUUCCGCGGCGACACGUCCACCGAGCUCUGCAAGCGCUGGAUGCAACUUGGGGCCUUCUACCCAUUCUCCAGGAACCAUAAUGAUGAUAGCUCGAAGCCUCAAGACCCGGUGUCACUGGGCCCAGAAGUAGUGGAGGCGAGUCGUCGCGCCCUGCGACUUCGCUAUUCGCUUCUGCCGUACUACUACGCACUGUUCUGGCGGGCGCAUGUCUAUGGAGAUACCGUCGUCAGGCCACUGUUCUUCGAAGCACCAGAACAAAACAACCUUCACGAGAUAGACACACAGUUCAUGAUUGGUCCCUUCGUGAUGGUAUCUCCAAUACUGCAACAAGGCGCGGUCACCACUCGCGCCGAGUUCCCGGGACCUCAGAGCUGGUACAACAUCAUCGAUGGACAGUUCAUUGCCAGCGAUAAGUCUUAUGAACUUAUGGAGAAUGAAACUGUGUCUGUUAAGGGCGGUGGAAUAAUACCAAUGCAAGAGCCGCCGCAACAAGGCCCAGUCACGACAACUAACACGCGGAGUUCCCCGCUGCAACUACUGGUAGUACCUGAUAGAGAUAAUCAGGCUAAGGGAGAAUUGUACUGGGACGAUGGAGACAGUUUGAACACAUACGAAGAACAGAAAUACAGUCACAUAGAAUUCUCACUAAACAUCACGGAGAUUCGCAGCACGGUGCAGUGGUGGGGAUACGGCGUGCCAUCCCUAAACAAGAUCUCAGUUCUAAACCAACCACCGAUCAAGAUGGUCGCCAUCAACGACCAGCCCUGCGUCAAACAAUGCGAGUAUAAUUACAACACACAAACCAAAGUACUUCAAAUAACAGCCAACUUGUCUCUAGACAAACCCUUCAACGUUAAAUGGUAUGAAAAAUUAAAGACCCCUAGUCCUAAUUGGAGAAGCUGGAUGGGUAGCAAAAAUAACCCUUAAUUUUACGAGGAUAAAGAAGUAGGUAUACCUUAUUGUAUUUUUACGGGGUAAUAUUUUGGUACUUUGUGUGUAGGUACGUAUGGUAUGAGAAUUUGA